GCCAUAUAAAACGCACUGAAGAGCGGCUUCUCAUGGAGAGUUUCCAGCAAGUUCUCCUGCUUCACCGUAACGUUUUACGACGCACGAUAUGAUGAAGCCAUCUGGUGCCGUUUUUUGUGUGCUCCUUCUGUGCACCAUGAAUGCUUUUUGCCACAAGGUACCAGAGAAGUAUGAAACAUUGGACGUCAUCGUCGACAAAGAAGCACAGCGUGUAGGCCUUGAAGCUGUUCAAGUGGGCGAAGUUCUGCGCGCCAUUGCGUAUGGUCUUCGUACACGUUCGCAGCACCAGGAAGGAAAAGAGAACCAGAGUCAAGAGUACUUUCUUGACAAAAUCUUCAAAGCCGUUGGUGAACUUGUCAAGGGCGCCGGAAACGUCGUGCAGGGAGUCGCUCAAGGUGUUGGCGCAGCAGUCGGCGCAUUGACCUUCAGCCAUACCAACGGUGCCGUGACCACGAAAGCUGCUGACAUAGUUCGCGAAAUCAUUGUUAAAGAUCUCAGCAUGUAUGCAACUGAAGACGGCAAGGUACACGAGGACUUUCGCCAACAGAUUGCCAAAGAUUUGAGUCGUGUGGCCGAGUCACUAAUCAACAAAGGACAAGUGCUCUGCUCUGGCCGUGGACGCAGGCACCUGAAUGAGAACGAGGCGAAGUUUGUUCAGAUGGUUGUUGAAGCCUUCUGAAAGCAACUGUGCAACGUAUGCGAGUCGGUCAUAUUUUGCCGCUGCACUUUCACUUUAGAAAAUGUGGUAAUAACUGCCAAUUUUAUUGCAAAUACUUUUAUAUGAAGGCUGCCGAAAGGGUGUAUCGCGUUACGGAAGGGCGAAAAUAGAUACGUUCUGUCAUACUGUGAUUGUUACCAGUCUGCUACGCCUUACUUAAAAAAAUUUUUGGUGCGAAUAAAACUGAAUUGAUGUGUUGGAA